CACUUCUUCCCUCCCCCCGCACCUCGCCCACACGAACCCGAGCCCUCGCCCGCCCAUCAGAAAGCCUCAGAUCUCAGCCUCCGGCGCCGCCGCUUCGUUCGUGUGGAGGAAAUGGCGGUGAGCGAGGGCGUGCUCCUGGGGAUGGGCAACCCCCUCCUCGACAUCUCCGCCGUCGUCGACGACGCCUUCCUCUCAAAGUAUGAUAUCAAGCUGAACAAUGCCAUUCUGGCCGAGGAGAAGCACUUGCCUAUGUAUGAUGAGUUGGCCAGCAAGAGCAAUGUUGAAUACAUUGCUGGAGGAGCCACCCAGAACUCUAUCAGGGUUGCCCAAUGGAUGCUUCAAACUCCUGGUGCAACGAGUUACAUGGGAUGCAUCGGAAAGGACAAGUUUGGUGAGGAGAUGAAGAAGAAUGCUCAAGCUGCAGGAGUUACUGCUCACUACUACGAGGAUGAGACAGCUCCUACCGGCACAUGUGCUGUAUGUGUUGUUGGCGGUGAAAGGUCACUGAUUGCAAAUCUGUCGGCGGCAAACUGUUACAAAUCUGAGCAUCUAAAGAGACCAGAGAACUGGGCACUAGUUGAGAAGGCAAAAUACAUCUACAUUGCUGGUUUUUUCCUUACGGUGUCACCCGAUUCGAUUCAGCUAGUUGCUGAGCAUGCUGCAGCAAAUAACAAGGUGUUCCUGAUGAACCUUUCUGCUCCCUUCAUCUGUGAGUUUUUCCGUGAUGCCCAAGAGAAGGUUCUCCCGUAUGUUGACUACAUCUUCGGAAAUGAAACUGAGGCAAAGAUCUUUGCCAAAGUCCGUGGAUGGGAGACUGAGAAUAUUGAGGAGAUUGCUUUGAAGAUCUCCCAACUUCCUUUGGCUUCUGGCAAGCAAAAGAGGAUUGCCGUCAUCACUCAGGGUGCUGAUCCAGUGGUUGUUGCUGAGGAUGGAAAGGUGAAAACAUUCCCUGUGAUCCUAUUGCCCAAGGAGAAGCUUGUUGACACCAACGGUGCAGGUGACGCGUUCGUUGGAGGUUUCCUCUCUCAGUUGGUUCAGGGCAAGAGCAUCGAAGACUCCGUGAAGGCUGGUUGCUACGCCGCCAACGUGAUCAUCCAGCGCCCUGGCUGCACGUACCCUGAGAAGCCUGACUUCAACUAGAGCGAGGGACCGUUAUAGGCACUUAUUCUUAACCGCCGCUGAGUGGUUUGGUAUGUUCGACCUGUAUUCUUCCGAGGCUUUUUCUUCCUAUCCGGCCAAUAUUUUUGCCGUGAUAUUUGUUGCACAACUAUAAACGUCGACGUUGUCGUUGUAUAAGGCAGGAUCUGCCAGCUUCGUGUCUCCUGUGUUGCUUCGCUGAUGCUUGCAAUGCUAUGAGAAUGGGUGUCAAGCGAUAUGUGUGUGCUGA